GACUCUUGUGAUGAUGUUAUUCAAACAAAUUUCCACAAAGUGAUAUAUAUCACCCUGCCAGGUUGGCGGCCUGUUCCUGGCCCAGCAAUCCAAAUAACUACAUGAAGCAAUGCUGAGCAUGGGGCUUCCACUUGUCUGAGCACCUGAGCAUUGAUUGAGACCAUGGCGCCUUGGCCUGAAUUGGGAAACUCCCACUCUCACCCUAAUAAGUACAUCGAAGAGGCCACUGCCCAACAAUCUACUAUAUCUGGAAAAGAUAAAGGAAACCCCAGCAAUAAUGCCCAUUCUCCUGUAAGCAAGAUAGAACUUCUGCCGUCUUACUCUACUAUUGCAUUGAUUGAAGAGCCAGUGGUGGAGCAAGACCCAUGGGACAUGCCUGACAUGAAGGACUCUGGGAUCAAGUGGUCAGAAAGAGACACCAAAGGGAAAAUAUUUGCUGUUUUCCAAGGGUUUGGAAAAGUGAUUCUCCUCCUGGGAUUUCUCUACUUAUUUGUCUGCUCCUUGGACAUUCUCAGCAGUGCUUUCCAGCUGGUUGGAGGAAAAAUGGCUGGGGAGAUUUUCCGUGAUGGUUCAGUGUUGAACAAUCCCGUGGCUGGCUUGGUGAUUGGUGUGUUGGUGACUGUCCUGGUGCAGAGUUCCAGCACAUCUACGUCCAUCAUUGUCAGCAUGGUGUCCUCUUCAUUGUUGACAGUAAAGGCAGCAAUUCCCAUUAUCAUGGGAGCCAAUAUUGGGACCUCAGUCACCAAUACUAUCGUGGCCCUCAUGCAGGCUGGAGACAGGGAUGAAUUUCGAAGGGCUUUUGCAGGAGCUACCGUCCAUGACUUUUUUAACUGGUUGUCAGUGCUGGUGCUGCUGCCUGUGGAGGCGAUCACAAACUACCUCUACCACCUCACCAAUGUCAUAGUGAAAUCCUUUCAUAUUAAGAGUGGAGAUGAUGGCCCUGAACUCCUGAAAGUCAUCACAGAUCCCUUCACAAAACUCAUUAUUCAGCUGGAUAAAAAAAUCAUAAAUGAAAUUGCUACAGGAAAUGAGGCAGCAAAAAACAAGAGUCUGAUAAAGAUUUGGUGUAAAACUUUUAAAAAUGUGACUUUAAGCAACGUUACUGUUCCCUCACCAGAAAAUUGUACCUCUCCCAGUCUCUGCUGGACUGAUGGGAACAUGACCUGGACCCUCAUGAAUACAACGUAUGAAGAGAACAUUGCAAAGUGCAAACAUGCAUUUGUGGAUGUCAGGCUCUCAGAUCUGGGCAUUGGCCUCAUCCUUCUAGCCCUCUCCUUGCUGGUCCUGUGCACUUGUUUGAUCUUGAUUGUCAAGAUCCUGAACUCUGUGCUCAAGGGACAAGUUGCUUCAGUGAUUAAGAAGACCAUCAAUACAGAUUUCCCCUUCCCUUUUACUUGGCUGGCAGGCUACCUUGCCAUCCUUGUUGGGGCUGGGAUGACCUUUAUUGUGCAGAGUAGCUCUGUGUUCACCUCUGCAAUCACUCCUCUGGUUGGCAUCGGUGUGAUCAGCCUUGAGAGAGCUUACCCUUUAACCUUGGGCUCCAACAUCGGUACCACCACCACUGCCAUCCUGGCUGCCUUAGCUAGCUCUGGAAAUACCUUAGAAAAUUCAGUCCAGAUUGCCCUGUGCCAUUUCUUCUUCAACAUCUCUGGGAUCCUUCUGUGGUACCCAAUCCCAUUCACACGCCUGCCAAUACGCCUAGCCAGGGGCCUAGGAAAUAUCACAGCCACCUACCGUUGGUUCGCCGUGUUCUACCUGAUCCUCUGCUUUUUCCUAUUACCCGUGUCCGUGUUUGGCCUCUCCCUGGCAGGUUGGCCUGUGUUGGUGGGUGUAGGGGCACCCAUCCUAUUGCUGUUGAUUUUGGUACUGGUCAUGCGGGUCUUCCAAGCCCGCUGCCCUCUAAUUCUCCCCAAGAAGCUUCGAAACUGGGACUUCUUACCUUCAUGGAUGCAUUCUCUUCAGCCUUGGAACAAGCUGGUGUCUGGCCUCGCAUGCAAUUUCUGCCAACUGCCCUGCUGCUGGUGCUGUCGAGUCUGCUGCCGGUGCUGUGGAGUCUGCUGCCGGGCAUGCUGCCUGCUGUGUGGAUGCCCCCAGUGCUGUCGCUGCAGUAAAUGCUGUGAUCUGCUUGAAGAUGAAGAGAAUGUCAAGGAAAUCCCAAUCAAGGUUUCUGAGGUGUAUGAGAAUACAGCAGUCAUAACUAAGGAGACCCAGCAGGAGGGCCAAGACAUAAGGGCCCGCUCUAGCAGCACAGCGUUAUAGUAGGAUGGCGAUUGAAGAGGAGGAGAAAAGAUGGAUUAUUUCUUAUUCUCCAUGGCCUCCCUCCUUUGAAGCAUGGGAAGGGUAGGGGCAGAUGGUUAGCUAUCCAUUGGAAAAAUGGAGCGAUAGACAUUUGCUCUUCCUACCCUCCAUCCCAGAACCCAAAGCAUUGGCAGGUAGGGCUGGCUCAGCAUUGGCAGAACCGUGAUCAAAGCACCCUCCUUACCAGGGCCACAAUUCUCUCUUACAUGAUUUCUGGCUCAUUUUGCAAGACGAAUCCUGAUGCGGUCAGUUAUUUACACUCUCUCCAGAUACACUAGAGCCACUGACCACAGUACUUCCUUUAAAGCCCUAAACAAUUUUCAGAAGGAAAAAGCUUGAGGAAAGAAUUCCAUUGCUCAAAUAUACUUUUAUUUUUAAAUAAGUAUGAGUUUGGUUGCUAAGGCACGUGGCUCUUCCCAGCAAAGACCCAAGUGUAAACAGGAAAUCAGUACUUCCCUGGCCCCACAAAGCUUGGAGGCAGGGCAGGCCUGGGUAGAGAAGAUGCCAGCUAGAGAUGUAUACCACCCAGCCCAGUCUUAUUAAGCCUCAUGUCCUUCAAUUCCCUGUCACAUGGAGACUUGCAGGAAAGGGAAGAUUAAGGACUGAAUUUUAUCUACAGCAAACUAUGUGGACACCCUUUCCAUGCCCAGGAGAAACUGCUGGUGGUCAGCAGCAUGUGCUGUGGCAGCUUCUCUGGUUAGUUAGGUAGGUUUGGGCUACCUCUACGGGCUGAUGAUCAUGAUACCCAAUACCAAAGAUAAAUUCUAAUGAGGUAGAAUUACUAUACAUGCUCGUUCCCCCUCUUUCCUGAUCUCCACCCUUACAGUCUCUAUAGCUUCUUGAUAACUUGGUCAGAGCCAGGCAAUUUCUAGAACAUUCAAAAGGUAUUUCUGAAGGGUAGUAGUUUAAUUAAGAAGCAAAAAAGGUUGCAGACAUGCUUGUGGAUCUCUUACUGUUGGAGGGAUAUUAAGGUGGUAAUGCUUCUGGGGCAGUGGUAAUUAAAUGGUAAUGCUCCCAGGGGAGUGAGCACUUGAGUUGCUAAUUGGUCAGCAGCUUCUUUCUAAGUAGCAGCUCAGACUUCUGCCAUGGGUCAUUUCAAGUUUGGAAUACUCUAGAAAGCCAGAUUCGUUAAGGUCACCACUAAGAACUAGUCUCCCUCAGAUAGUCCAAGUGUCUCAGAUGUCGUGAGGAGAUUGGGCAGGUUAUGACAAACUCUCUAUGGUUAGGAAAGAUCUGUUCCUCUGUCCAUCUCAGGUUAUUACCAGACUCUCAAACCCUGGCUGUGGGAAUUAGUCUUGAUAUUUUGUGGGCUAAGCUUUUUUUUUCUGCCAACCCCAGUUAGCGGUUUGUGAGUCAUGUCAUGAAGUUUGUUUUGCCCUCAGAUGGCGGGGGAACAGAAUGAACUGAGCUGACUUCAGGAGCAGAAGACCAUCUUCAGAGGUCCUGCCCACCUUGGACCUUUCAUGAGGCCCAAGGUGCCUUGAGAAUUGUGUCUUGUUUGAUCCAGAGGGAUUAGCCAGUGGACCAGCCACCUAGUCUUUCAAUGGGGUGGGGCAGUGCUUGAAGGAGUCUGAAGUGAAUGGUCUUGCUAUGAGCCCCUCUUCUUUCUGGGUCCUUGCAUCUCUCUGUUCCUUUCAUAGAAAGGAAAUCCUGCCAGACCUGUUGAGAUGAGGCAGAGUGGCAGGUGGCCAUGCCCUAGGCAGAAUGUGGAUUUCACAAGCAGGACCCUCCUCAGACCAUGCCUAGUUUUUCCUGCCUCCUCAAAGGAUGAUAGUCUGGCUAGACAAAAAGCACCUUGUCAACCUAUAGCUUUAAGAUAACCUGUUAAGGACUAAGCUAAAACCUCUUUCCAAAUUUUCUUUCAUUUGCCAGGAAUGACAUUUGUCCAUUUGCAUUUCCUGUCCUCUUUGGCCCUUAAACCCCUGCCUCUUAAAAUAGGCUAAUUGGUGAGCAUGUGACUGGAAAGGCUUGAGCCAGAGUCAGCAUUCCCAGAGGAUAAUCCAGAAGGUUGAAUUGACCAGUCAGCCUUGGUCCCAAAGCCCCUUUUGAUGUAUGUGUAUGUGCACGUGGGUGGGGGGAGGGAGCCUGUACAUUCUAGCAGCUCAGAUGCCCUCUCUUUGCCUCUCAUGGGCCCUUCUUCUAGGAGAGAACAUCUUCACUUGCCUUUCUACCAGUCACUUGCAUUUCUUCCCUCUAACGCACCCUCUCCAAUACUCCCACCACAUCCCACUUAACUAGGCUCUACCAACAAUUUCCCAGCUCCACGGAGUGCGUAGGAAAGGAGAAUAGAAAAUGAGGAAGGACAACAACUAGCCCCUUUCCCUAAUCCCACGUCACCCCAUUUGGGGUCAUAUGGAGCCUUCGCCUGACCUUCCACUAGGUAUAUAACUCUUCCUAGACAGAUAACGAUAUAGUCUAUAUGUGUAGUCACUGAAUUGUACAGCUCUUUCAUGUUAUGUAGAAAAUAAUCUGUAUGAUUCUGGUUUUAUAUUGCUUGCCUUUGGAAACAAGAAAGUGUUUAUCUAUGAAAUAUAUACAUAUAAAAGCCAAUAUAAGCAAAAAAGUUUGUAUAUUUUGCAAUAUCUUUUAAAGUGGUCCGUGCCACACUGUAAAUACAUAUGUUAAGCACCUCAGUAGGCCCAUUUGCACUUUAUAUGCUUUUUACCACUUGGAUUAUUCAUGUGAUCUGUGUACAUGAUGUGAUUUUCAUAUUUUUGGAAAGAGAGAAAUAAUAAAAGGUAUUCAAUCCCGAAUGGGGAUGCAUUUUUGAAG